CGAAUAACAAAUAUGAAAAUGCAUUAUAAAAACCCUAAUUCUGUAAUAAAGAAAUCCAAUCUUUGCGUCUCUCUCUCACUGUGCAUCGAAAGAAUUGAAAGAUGGGUCAAGCAUUGGGAUGUGUUCAGGUGGAUCAGUCAAAUGUGGCUAUCAAGGAGCAUUUUGGAAAGUUUUCUGAGAUUCUGGAACCUGGAUGUCAUUGCUUGCCUUGGUGUCUUGGGUACCAGAUAGCUGGGGGACUUUCACUACGUGUGCAGCAACUUGAUGUUCGCUGUGAGACAAAAACCAAGGAUAAUGUUUUUGUCACUGUGGUUGCGUCUGUGCAAUACCGAGCUGUGGCUGACAAAGCAUCUGAUGCCUUCUAUAGGCUCACCAACACAAGGGAACAGAUCCAAUCAUAUGUUUUUGAUGUUAUCAGGGCCAGUGUGCCAAAGUUGGAGUUGGAUUCUGUCUUUGAGCAGAAGAAUGACAUUGCCAAGUCUGUUGAAGAGGAGCUGGAGAAGGCUAUGUCAACCUACGGAUAUGAGAUAGUCCAGACCCUCAUUGUUGAUAUCGAGCCUGAUGUUAAUGUCAAGAGAGCCAUGAACGAGAUCAACGCAGCUGCCAGAAUGAGGUUAGCUGCAAAUGAGAAGGCUGAAGCUGAAAAGAUUCUGCAGAUUAAGAAAGCUGAGGGAGAGGCAGAGUCCAAGUAUCUGUCAGGACUCGGUAUUGCUCGCCAGCGCCAGGCCAUUGUGGAUGGGCUGAGGGACAGUGUGCUUGCAUUUUCUGAGAAUGUGCCUGGGACAUCAGCUAAAGAUGUCAUGGACAUGGUGCUGGUGACUCAAUACUUUGACACCAUGAAGGAGAUUGGGGCAUCUUCAAAGUCCUCAUCUGUGUUCAUUCCACAUGGCCCUGGUGCAGUUAGGGACAUUGCUGUGCAGAUCCGCGAUGGUCUUCUUCAGGGCAAUGCUGCACACAUUUGAGAUGAAGGUUUUCUGGAAUGUAGAUAGCAUAUAGUAUGAAACUAUGAAUGCUUGUCAGGUUUUCUUAAAUUCUGGUGAAUUGUCGAUAAUAGAUAACAGAAGUACCUCUGCUGUUUAAAUGAUUGCAUCUUUGCUCCUAUUAUACUGUGCAGCUGAACGCCUAGUUCUAUAUCAUGAGUGCUAUAGUUGCUAUUUUGAACGUUCCUUUGGAUUAGUCAUUGUUUUUUGGACAAAGUUAUUAGUCAUAUUAUGAAAGGGUUGUUAUUAAUAUCCCCAAAA